AAAACAGAAUUGAAAAUCUUUUUUCACAUUCUUUGCAGCCAAAAAGUAUUAUUCCUCUGCAACUUUGUAUUACAACAACGAUUGUGUAAAAAUAAUACCGUUUAUUCUUCAGCUGGCUUUUAUUUUAUAACAAUAAUUACUCUCGUCUGUUUGUCAUUUUGCAUCAGAUAUUUGCAAUUUACAAGAAAAGUGGAUAAAAAAUAAAAAGUAAAUAAUUUAUUUAUUACAUUGGGAACAUAAUUUAUUUGCAAAACAACUAUUGAGUAAAUUUACAAACUCAAAAAGAAAAACAGCAAAAUUAUCUCAUCGUCCACGAACGAAGAAGAAAGUAAUCAAAAAGGAAAACACAACCAGGAGUUUCACUUAAAAGGGAUUAAAAAUUACAAGAAAAAAUUUGUUCUAUUGAAAUAAUUUCUGGAACUGUAAACGUCUUGAUUGUCUAGGAAAGCAAAUAAAAAGCAAAAUUGAUAUCAAUAUUUAAAAAGCAUCAUGCCGCCAAACGCUGCUCCCGCUUCUCAAACGAUUACUGAAUCGCUUUUAGCUGCUGGUGGUAUUUCCGAAGGUAAUCCUAAAGUUUUGACUGAAGCCACCACCGGUGUCUUGUUCGAGCAAGAUGCUGAAACAAUUGAUGGUGGUUUGGUAAAGGAUAUUGAAAAAUUGAAAAAGGCUGAAAAACGUAAACUGAAAUUGGUAUGGCGUAAUAUAAUUGCAUUCGGUUAUUUGCAUUUGGCUGCAUUAUAUGGCGCUUAUCUUAUCUGCACUUCGGCCAAAUGGCAAACCAUAGCUUUUGCUUUCGGUUUGUACCUUAUCUCUGGCUUGGGUAUUACAGCCGGUGCCCAUAGAUUGUGGGCCCAUCGUUCAUACAAAGCCAAAUGGCCAUUGCGUUUAAUAUUGAUGAUCUUCAAUACAAUUGCUUUCCAAGAUGCCGCCUAUCACUGGUCUCGUGAUCACCGUGUACAUCACAAAUAUUCCGAAACCGAUGCUGAUCCUCACAAUGCCACCCGCGGCUUCUUCUUCUCCCAUAUUGGCUGGUUAUUGUGCAAGAAACAUCCCGAAGUUAAAGCCAAGGGUAAGGGUGUCGAUAUGAGCGAUUUGAGAAAUGAUAAAAUCAUCAUGUUCCAAAAGAAAUACUACAUGAUUUUGAUGCCUCUGUUGUGUUUCCUUUUGCCCACUACGAUUCCCAUGUACGGCUGGAAUGAAAGUUUCAUCAACUCUUGGUUUGUGGCCACCAUGUUCCGUUGGUGUUUUGUUUUGAAUGUUACCUGGUUGGUCAACAGUGCUGCUCACAAAUUCGGCGGCAAACCUUACGAUAAAUACAUCAACCCUGCCGAAAACUCCUCAGUUGCUAUUUUGGCUUUUGGCGAAGGCUGGCAUAACUAUCAUCAUGUUUUCCCUUGGGAUUACAAAACCGCCGAAUUCGGUCAAUACUCCAUGAACUUAACCACAGCUUUUAUUGAUUUCUUUGCCAAAAUUGGCUGGGCCUACGAUUUAAAAACAGUUUCCGCUGAUAUUAUCAAGAAACGUGUGAAACGUACUGGUGAUGGUUCUCACGAAAUCUGGGGUUGGGGCGAUAAGGAUCAACCUAAAGAAGAAAUUGAUGCUGCUGUUAUAAUCAACAAAAAAGAUGAAUAAACUCUAUGUAUUAGCAGUAUCAAACGUCCAUUCACUAAAAGAAAAUAUUAUUAGAAAACCAACAACAACAACAACUAAAAAAUCAGGGAUAAAAUGAAGGGAAGGUGUGCUCUAAACCAAAAAAUACCAAAAAACACACAAACUAAAACUUUAAAAACAACCUAAAGUAUAGAGUCGUCGUCAUUUUUAUAGUUUGUCAUAAAAACAAAACAACAAUGAAAUAAAGAAAAAUUCCUUAACAAUUCCUUUCUAUUAAAAAAUGAAGAAAAACAAAUGCUAAAAGGUGGUGAAUUCGAAAAUUGUUGUGAUCUCAUCACCAAACAAAUGGCAACAAACAAAAGCUAAAAACAACAUAAUUUCAACUGAAAACUGAAAUUUUACGAGUUCCUAGAACUCUUUAAACAAAUUAUAUUAUAUAUUAAACUAAAUAUAUUGAUAACAUACACAUACACCAAAAUAAAAUCAAUACAACAUUUUUCUUUGUUCCCGUAUAUUCCAUUUUAAAGACUAAACAACAAAAACAAACCAACAAAUCCCUUAUUAAAGCACGCUUUCUUACUUCUUUUUUUAUAUGUAAUUAUAAAUAAAUUAAAACUACAUGUCUGGCACAUUAAAAUUAAACAAACAAACUUUUCUUUUUGUGUAAAUUAAACCAAGAUUCUUUAAGAAUCUUAGUUAAACAAAGAACGGCUGCUGCUAUACAACAAUUUAAAAACAGCACAAAUAUUUGGACCCCUGCAGUAGAACACCUUAGGGUUCCAUAUAACGAAAUCAUGUUAAUUCCUUAACCCUUACUACUUUCUUUCCAACCCGUCCCUUUCAUUUUAUUAUACACAUGUAUUUAAUAAAGCUUUACCAAAUAUAAUUUUUCAAAAUCUUUAAAAACACCCAAAUAUUUUCUAUAAGCUUUGGAACCAACAAUCCCCAAAGAGCUUAAAAAAUAAGACAUACAAAACAAGAAAGGUUGAAAAUUACUGAAAAAAGUAUAACUGAUUUUGAUUUAGAAGAAAUAAAAACUAAAACACUUAUUCUUAUUUAAUAGAUUUAUAUAUGUAAAUGUUAUAUAACUCCCCCUAUCUCUUUCCAUUGCUCUUAGAGAGAUACUGGUAGAUGAAAUGAAAAAUAAAUAAAAAAUAUAUUAAAUAUAAAAACAAAACCUUAACAGAAUUGUUAUUAACUUUACGUUGUUUGUAACACUUUUAAAUCUUUAUGUAUGUGUGAAUUCAUAUUUGGAUUUAAAAUAAAAAUAUUAAGUUAAAUCGGAAAAAACAACUAUUAAUGUAAAACCAACAACAAAAUUCUUAUUAAUGUGAAAAUAAAUUCCA